AUGUCCGGUAAGUUUGAUCCGACCCGGACGUCCAAAUUGGAGCUCACCAAGGCUCAAAUCGCCAAGCGGGUGAACUUCGUCUCCCUGGCGAAGUUGCCCGACAACUGGGACUGGGGGAUGGAGCCCUACAACCGAGAUGAGCUGCCGCCCGUGGUAAGUCUUUUCUCUUCUGGCCGGAUACCGGCUUGCGGCUGCGCGGCCGGCUUAUGUCUUACUGUUUUCUUGUUUGUCCGUAGCUCUUCGCCCGUCAGUCGAUUGAGGAUGGUAACCUGGAGCAGAAGAAGUGGACGCCGAAUCAUGAAGAUCUGGCUGACCAAGCAGGCGACGACGAGAGCCCGGAGGCGGCUGAGCAAGCCGCCUAGGGGCACACGAUCCGCCGCCGUCUUCGCAACAGCAUGGGAGGAGCAGGAGGAGGAGCAGGUGCCGCCCGCCUCGGUGCCGCUCCGCGCAGUGCCCUUGUCGAUGAGGCCGCCUGCGGCUUCGACGGCUUCCUCAACUGCGCCCAAGGGGAAGAAGCGGGCCAGCGAUUGGACCACCGCCCAGCUGGAGGCGAAGGUCAUGAAGCAGCGUCGGGCGGGCCCCAAGAAGGUUCCGGAAACGGCCGGGGCCGCGAUUAAGUUUUCCAAGGGUGGCACCUCCCGCCCGACUCCCAACGUUGUGUCGCCGCUUCCGCGACAAAGGAGGGAGCCGACUCCGCAGCCGCGUCCGAGCACGCCGCCGGUCGUCGUGCCGCCUGUCUCUACACCGCCUGCCGCAGGGGCAGGUUCUUCAGUUGCACCUUCGCCGGGAGCGCCCGGCUCCUUUUCUCGGAGCGAGCCGGUUCGUAGCUCCACUCAACCUUCGCUGGACGAUCUCUUUCCGUGCCGCAGCCGGCUUAUAGAGCCUGCGGCCGGAGCCGGCAAGGGUGCUCCCGGCGCGGCCGGAGCCGGCAAGGGUGCUCCCGGCGCGGCCGGAGCCGGCGGGGCCGCGCCCAACGUCGUAAUCUUGGACGCAAGUUCGGACGAAACGCCGCCCGUGCCAAAGUCUACCAUCCUCGUCGGGUCGACGGUUUCGACGGCGCCACCUCCAUCUUCAGAGCCGGCGUGGGAGGAGCCGGUGGAGCGAGAGCCGGCGCGUUCGGCUGAGGCUGAUGCCAGGGCGCUGGUGACAACGAAGGGCCCAACGCAGGCGCCUCAAGGUCUUCAUGUUUCGCCGGCCGCCUCGCUGCUGAACGUGGUGUCCGCCUCCGACUCCAGUUUUGGCUCAGCCGGAACCAUGGAGAAGGAUUGGCUCCAAGCGGACGCCUGCGAGGUGACCAGCCAGAACGGGAGGAAGGGCGUGGCACCCAUGGAGAUGUUCUUCUCCGGCUUCCGCGCCUUUGCCAAAGCCCAAGCCGCCGAGGCCGAGGGCCGCCUGGCGCGGCUGGAAGCGGCCGAAAAGGUGGUUGCGGACAGACGGACCGCCUUGUACAACCGGCUUGUGGCCAGCUACCACAAGGCCAAGAAAUAG